AUGCUGAAGACAGAAACAUUUGCGAAGCUGUUCUUUCUAGUCAGUUGUACUGGCCUUUUGAUGUAUGUAGUUUUAGCUUUUUAUACAUUCCAUACAGCGUACACAUCGAUAUCUCAAGUACAAAAGUUCCGUGAACGAAUACAAAAUAAUUCAACAACUGAUGCUUUACUAGAAGACAGAUUUACUAAUGAUUUAAAAUACAUACUUCUAUGGCCGAUAGCUAAUGUUACAAAUAAAUUAGUUGAAGACGGACAAAGUGUAUUCAUAAAUUACAAUUGUACGUAUAUUAAUUGUUACUUAACAAGUAAUAAAUAUCUUUUAAAUGGAGAUUACAGAAAUUUCGAAGCUAUAAUUCUAAAUGCGAGUAUUUUUACUACUUGGGAUGAAAAGAAUAUACCGGACAGAAGAUCGGCGAGACAGAAAUUUGUUUUUUAUAGCGAAUUACCAUCAGAUUCAGCACCUAUGUGCAAUAUAUGUGCUGAGAAUUAUUUCAACUGGACAUGGACGUAUAAAUUAAGUUCUGAUAUACUCAGACCUUUAAUUGAAGUAAGGAAUUUAAAAAAUGAAAUUGUAGCACCAAAUGAAAAUGUUAAAUGGUUAACUGAAGUUACUGAUUCAAGGAAAUCAAAUAAAAACUUUGAAAUGGGACGAACUAAGAAAGAUGUCGCAUGUAUUAUUAAUAAUUGUCAUACUAAAAAUGAUACUAUUGAAUAUGCGAAAAAAUUAAAAUCAAUCUUAGAUCAAAAAGCACUUGUUGUAGAUAUAUAUGGAUGUGAAUUUCUAAAAUGUUCUAAUGAUUGUUUGAAUGAAAUUAAAAAUAAUUAUUACUUUUAUUUAGUGCAUGAAGAUAGUUUCGCGAUUGAUUAUGUUAGUGCUGAAGUUAUUAAGGCGUAUGAUUCUGGUGCAAUUCCAAUUAUUAUGGGAGGCGCAAAUUAUCAGAAAUUUCUUCCCGAUGGAUCAUACAUAAACGCACGCAAUCUAACUGUUUAUAAAUUAGCAGAAACAAUUGAAUCUAUAAUUGAAAGUCCAUCCAAAUACAACAGUUUUCACAGUUGGCGGCAACAUUAUGUUAUCAAACGAACAAGACAACUUGAAGGUAUAUGCGAUUUAUGCAGCAAUCUUAAUAACAAAAGAUUAUUUAAAACGAGAACAGCUGUUCGAAAUUUUAGACAUUGGUGGUACUAUGGUUCUAAAUUUGAAAAUUGUAAAAUAGAACCAGAUCCAUCUGAACGUACACGACUUACAUUGAAAGAAUCUGAUCUCAAAUCUUAUUUUUACGGUCUUAAAAAGAAAUAUCGCUUACAAUCCAAAGAUGAUUAUAUGUAUUCAUAA